AGACAUCCAGUAUAAAAGCUACGUUUGAGGCCGGAGUAGGCAGCAGUCCCAGUCGUCUGUCGAAAGAGACAGGAUGGAGUUCUUAAGGGCCUUGUGUCUCCUCUGUCUAGCUCAGAGCGUACGUGGAGAGACGACCGUGGAUGAAAACAUCUAUAACGAGAGGCGACAGGCCUUCACUGAACCACCUUUUCGUGACUUUCAUAAAUUUAGUGAAGCUACGACUCCAGACUAUAACAUCUACAACGAUGAGAACAUCCAUGCAAGCCUGCCUAAAGAAGGCUUUGUCAUAUUGCCGAAGCCCUUCGAGGAGACCAACCCUGACCGAGUCGAAGCCGGCGAGCUCUUCGACAAGGACAUCAUGCUGACGGAGGCACAGUGGAGGGACCUAUCGCUGAGGAAGGGCCUGGCCUACGAGUCUUCCCGCUGGCCAGAGGGCGGAGACGGGUACCCGCGCGUGCCUUACCGCUUCGCCGACGAUGAGGUGAGUCAGGCGGCGGUCAGGGCCGGCAUCGCGCACUGGGAGCAGCACACCUGCAUCAGGUUCGAGCAGACUACCAACAUCAACCAACCCCAUCUCAAGUUCCAGAAGGAUAUUGGUUGUUGGUCAUAUGUUGGGUAUCUCUCAGGAUAUACUACCGGCCAAAGCAUUUCCAUCGGUGACGGGUGUUCUUCCCUCGGCAUAGUCGUCCACGAAAUCGGACACGCCAUCGGUUUCUACCACGAGCAGUCCCGCUCCGAUCGCAACGACAGCAUUCACGUCAACGAGGAGAAUAUCAUAGAUGGGAAAGAAGGCAACUUUGGUAGGGAACCACAUCACCGCUUGGACAGCAAGGGAAUUCCAUACGACUACACAAGCAUUAUGCAUUACGGCGGAUUCGGCUUCUCGAAGAACGAGCACCUGACCAUCGCCACGGUGGACCCGCGCAACCAGGAGCUAAUCGGACGGAGCGGCGGCCUCUCGCACCGGGACAAGCACCUCGCCAAUCUCAUGUACGGCUGCAUCGACAAGUGGUUGGAAGCGUGUGGGAUGAGCAGGGACCCCUGCCAGAACGGUGGUUACACUGGAGCAAAUUGCACAUGCGUGUGUCCACAGGGAACAUCCGGGUCUUCCUGCGAAAUAAAUGAACAAGAUUACUUUGCUUCGCAACGCAGCAACUGCAGUGUGCUCAUCACAAGCCCGGGCACGAUUACCUCACCUAACUACCCGAACAACUACCCUUAUGGACUAGUAUGUGCCAAGUGGAUACUAGCGCCCGAGUGCAGCCUGCCCAGAGUGACUUUCAAUGCCUUCAGGCUCACAUACUGUAGGGACAGAUUGGAGAUCAGGACAAACAACCGCUACGAUGGCAACUUCUACUGUGGCACCAGUAUCGCCCCAGGGACCGCGUUUACCUCAACUACCAAUGAGCUCAUUCUGAUGUUUUACACAAGAACCAAUUACCAGACUGGUUGGUCUGCAAAUGUCACUUUUGUUGAUGAUCCUAACUGCAGCCUGACCACUCUGCCACCAAUCACGCAAGCACCUACCACUCUACCACAAACCACGCAAGCACCUACCUUUCUCCCACCAACCACACAAAUACCUACCACUCUGCCACAAACCACGCAAGCACCUACCACUCUCCCACCAACCACGGAAGCACCUACCACUUUACCACCAACCACGGAAGCACCU